AUGGCGUCAUCGCAGCCGGAUAACCAGCUCACGGAGCAGGAGGCGGCCAUUUACGACCGUCAGCUCCGGGUUUGGGGAGUGGAGACGCAAAGGAGGCUGAGUGGCGCCAAGGUGCUCAUUGCUGGAUGCAGUGGCCUAGCUGCCGAGGUGGCCAAGAACAUCGUGCUGGCGGGCGUGGGAUCGGUGACGCUCGUGGACGACACACCUUGCUCGCGGCGGCCGCUAUCCAACUUCCUGAUACCGGGCGACGCACCCGCAGAUCCCAUCACGGUGGCGGAGGCGAGUGUGGCCACCCUUGCGGAGAUGAAUCCAUUCGUCAAGGUGGCAGCGCUGCCGGGCCCGCCCUCCUCGGUGCUGGCAGCAGACGUGCUGCGGCAGUACGACCUGCUGCUGCUGUGCGGCCAGCCAGCCAGCAGCAUCGCGGCGGCAGACGUGCUGUGCCGGGAGGCGGGGGUGGCCUUCUAUGCAGGGGUGUGCCGCGGCAUAUUUGGAUGGGCCUUUGCCGACCUGCACCAGCAUCGAUUCGUGGUGGAGAAGAAGGAGGAGCACAAGGAUGGCAGCACCAGCAAGAAGGUGGAGGAGCGCACCGAGAGCUUCGCCACCUGGCAGCAGGCCACCAGCUGCAGCCUGCAUGGCGUCAACAAGCGACGGCUGACCAGGCUCUAUCUCAUUAUCCGAGGCACGCACCGCAUCACGGUGUGUUGUGUUGUUUCGGGAGCCAAUUAUGAGGCGGCCCCUCCCCCUCCCCUCCCCGCCUUCCAUGCUGCAGUCAUCUCCCGCUUUGAGCAGCAGCAUGGCCGGUGCGUCACAGCCGCCGACGCCGAGCAGCUGCUCACGCUGCGGCAGCAUGUGUGCGGCGAGGCGGGCGUGGAGCCGGGGCUGCUGCCAGACAAGAUGCUGCAGGCGUAUGCGGAGGAGGAGGAGGACAUGCCUGCCAUCAACGCCAUCGUGGGGGGCGAGCUGGGGAAUGAGCUGAUCAAGGCGGUGGGCGGGCGCAACGAGCCCGUCAACAACUUCUUCCUGUUCAGCCUGGCGGAGGGCAGCACCAUGGGCAAGGUCCCCAUCCGGCUCAGGGAGGUGGUGUACGCCCUGUCGCCCUACCAGCAGUCGGUCAUGACGGGGCUGUGGAAGGACCUGCCGCACAAGGCGGCGCACCACGCGGCCAACCUGCGGGACGCCGUCAUCUUCUGCGUGGCGCCCAUCGUCGGCAUCGCAUACUACUGCGCAGACUAUAAGGAGAAGGAGAAGCUCCACCACCGCUUCUGA